CUCUCUUUCAUCACAUAGACAAGGAUGAAGUACUCUGCUGACGUCAGCUCCGACCGUAGCAAGAGCCGCAAGGCCCACUUCACCGCUCCCUCUAGCAUCCGCCGCAAGAUCAUGAGCGCACCUUUGUCCAAGGAGCUCAGAGAGAAGCACAGCGCUCGCUCCAUCCCUGUCCGCAAGGAUGAUGAGGUUAUGGUUGUCCGUGGUACCUACAAGGGUCGUGAGGGUAAGGUCGUCCAGGUCUACCGCAAGAAGUGGGUUAUCCACAUUGACCGUGUCACCCGCGAGAAGGUUAACGGUGCCACCGUCCCCAUUGGCAUCCACCCCUCCAAGGUCGUUGUUACCAACCUCAAGGUUGACAAGAGCCGUCAGGCCAUCCUUGACCGCAAGAACAGCGCCUCCAAGAAGAACGCUAUGGAGCAGCUUGGAAAGACAAUCAUACGAGGUCCCCAACUCAAAGCAGCCUGGACAGUCUCCUAUCUACAGAAACGGAGAACGACCUGUUGUUGAGGAUUCUUUCUCUCCAAACGUGAAGACCAUCUAUGAUAUCUUCUACUACGGCUUCAAGCUGUCUCGCGACCGUCCCUGUCUGGGCGUUCGUAAGCUCGUAGAUGCAAAGACCGGUAAGCGCGGUGCUUACGAAUGGCAGACCUAUCGCGAGGUCUCCCACAGAAUCGACAACUUCGGCUCUGGGUUGAUGAACCUUUUGAACCACACUUUGAACGACGCUCGUACAAAGCAGAUUCCCAUUGGUAUCUGGGCUGUAAACCGCCCCGAGUGGAUGAUCUCAGAUCUUGCAUGCGCUGCCUAUGGUCUUCAUGUCGUCGCACUCUAUGAUACCCUUGGCCCAGAGACCGUAGAGUUCGUGGUUAACCAUUCAGAACUUGAGACUGUCAUUUGUUCCGCUGAUCACGUUGCCGACCUUCUCAAGUUACGCCAUCGUCUGCCCAACCUCAAGGCAAUCAUCUCAAUGGAUACAAUCGAAGAUGAUGUCCAGGCUGGUGCUGGUGUAGUAUCAAAGAGUGCUAUCAUCAAGGCAUGGGCUGAAGAGAAAAAUGUUUUGCUUAUCGAUUUUGCUGCCCUGGAGGCUGCUGGUAAGAAGAACCGUCGCUCUCACAACCUUCCAAAGCCAGAAGAUAUGGCUUGUAUUAUGUAUACCAGCGGUACCACCGGUAUGCCCAAGGGUGCCAUGCUCUCCCAUCGUAACUUCGUUGCUGCCUUGUCUGCCAGUGUCAUCAGUCUGAAGGGAUCCCCCGAAGACAUUGCCAUUUCAUACCUCCCUCUUGCUCACAUCUUUGGUCGUGUGUGCGACAUGACCAUUCUCGCCCUUGGUGGUCGUGUUGGCUACUUCUCGGGUUCCAUCGAUAACCUUGUUGAGGACAUCCAGGAACUCAAGCCUAGUAUUAUGGCAACCGUCCCCCGUCUCUUGAACCGUAUCUACGCCAAGAUUGUUCAGGGAACUACCCAGGCUCCCGGUGCCAAGGGUGCUCUCGCCCGUAGAGCCGUUGCUACUAAACUUGAAAACUUGGAAAACGGAGGUGGCUACACUCACGCCAUCUGGGAUCGUCUUAUGUUCAACAAGGUCAAGAUGGCUCUUGGUGGUAAUGUUCGUUUGAUGAUCACUGGCUCUGCUCCAAUUGGUAAGGAUGUUAUGCAGUUCCUCCGCAUUGCGCUUGUGUGCGAUAUUCGUGAAGGUUAUGGUGCCACAGAGACUACUGCUGCUACCUGUAUUCAUUAUGCCAAUGAAUACCUUGCCGGUCACAUUGGUGGACCUUUCACUUGCAAUGAGCUCAAGCUUCUCGAUGUUCCUGAGAUGGACUACCUCUCUACUGACCCCCAGCCCCGUGGUGAGUUGUGUGUACGUGGACCCAGUGUAUUUAUGGGAUACUACAAGGAUGAAGAAAAGACACGCGAGUCUAUUGACAGUGAAGGCUGGUUCCACACCGGUGAUAUUGCUACUAUCAACCACCGUGGUGCCUUUGUCAUCAUUGACCGCAAGAAGAACAUCUUCAAGUUGGCCCAGGGUGAAUACAUUGCCCCCGAAAAGAUUGAGAACGUGUACGCCAAGGAACCCGUUGUUGGUCAGAUUUACGUCCACGGUGACUCUCUCCAGAGUCAGUUGGUAGGCAUCGUUGUCCCCGACCCUGAAACUCUUGCAAGCAUCCUCUCCGCAAAACUUCCCCAGGUUGCCUCCAAGAAACUUUCUUUUGCCGAACUCUGCAACCAUCCCCAGGUCAACGCUCUUGUCCUCAAGCAGCUUACUCGUGUUGGCAAGGAAGCUCAGCUUAGAGGUUUCGAGCAAGUCCGUGCCAUUCAUCUCCAAGCCGUUCCCUUCUCUAUAGAAAACGAACUCCUCACCCCUACAUUCAAGGUCAAGCGUCCCCAGGCCAAGAAGUUCUUUGAGAAGGAGAUCAACGACAUGUAUAACGUCCUCAACUCACAGCCAGAUACUUCUUCCAAGCUCUAAAUUUCAUUGUAUUCUUUUUUGUUUCUAUACAUAUAAACAACAACAACAAAGAAAGAAAACACACCUGAAUAAUUAUAUUUCCUUUUCUCAUAUCUCAAUAAAAAAAUGUACGUAUGCGCCUAUUAAGCAUUUAUUUGUAAUGC